AUAUUUUUUUAACCCUCACCCUAGAAGCCAACCAUUUAUAAACUACUUUUUUAUUUUAAUUUUUUUAUAACAUUAUAAAAUCAUUUAAAUAAAUUGGGGCAUAAAUUUUGUUUGCAAAGAUUACAAAUUCCUUUUCUGUUGAGACCGAGGUUCAACAGAGCGUAGAUUUGCCGUCGGAAAAACCUCUCUCUCGUUUUCUGCUUCAUCCACGGUUUUGGUCUUCUAUUAUUGUAUAUCAAUGGAGCCUGGAAAAUAUGACCCAAGAUACUCGGGAGAGUUGUUGAAGCAUAUGGAUAAGCAGAAUGAGGUCCUAAUGGAAACAUACAGAUCAAUGUUGCAUGAAUUGCAAAAACUCCAGGUGGAAGAAGAGAUGAUUAUGCGCAAGCUUUAUGAAGUAAUGUCCGUCCAUGGUCUCACUAAACAGUUGUCUCACACUAGAAAUGUUUUAUAUCUAUUUGUCACCCAUAAAAAGAACAACAUGUUUUAGCUUUGAGAGGAGAUUAUUUAGGUUGCUUUGACAACUAUGUUGAAGUUGAACCUUUGUGCAGAAUGAAGACAACUCCAACGCUUCCCUUAAUAGUGCUAGAGCUGAACAAAUCAAUAAUGAAGUCAGGACAACACAUGAAGAUCAAUAAGGAGAAUUUUGCAAGAAUUAUAAAAUUUCCAUCUCUAGUGGAUCAAUAUUAAAGAGAUAUUGGCAUUUUGUUUGGGUAAGGAGGUAAUUGAUCUUCUAUGUGUUGACACUUGACGCCAAUGCUUAUGUUAAAUGGUUGAAUGUGUAUUGCACUUUAUUUACAUUAUUAGAUGCUCAGUCGAUCGAAA